UCCAGGAGAUAAUUUGCCAGAAGAACACUAUGUGCUCAGCCAACUACACCUUCAUCCCCUACAUGGUGACGCCCCACAGCAAGGUGUACUGCUGCGAGGGCAGCCUGAUGAAGGGCCUGACGGAGCUCAUGCAGCCCAGCUUCGAGAUGCUGCUGGGGCCCAUCUGCAUGCCGCUGCUGGACCGCUUCAUCCAGCUGCUCAAAGUGUCCCAGUCUAACUCCCACCAAUAUUCCGCGAGACGCAUUCUGAAUGCAGAUGAAGGCUCGGGAGCUUUACACGCGUGGAGCUGGCUAACGAGCUGAAACCGCGAUCCAGCAGAGACUCGACACGUGCGAGUGCCUUUCUGUCGACAUCGUCAUCAACCUGGCCAUGCUCCAUACAGAGACAUCC